AUGGACUUCCGACGAUUUCUCGCGGGUCUGAGGGGCUUGCCUCUUCGCAAGAUCGGCUGUGCUGCGGGGCUGUUCGCUGUCUCUGCAGGUGCGGGUUACUUCGUUUACCGCUACUUUCAGAGACACAGCGCAGCUACCGACCACACUCAGCCAGCUCACGACUCUGUGGAUGUGCUGGGAGAAUCACCUGAUACUCCCUCUGUCCUCCAGGUCGAUGAGCCCAUAGUGCUGAGUUUUCCGAGUGACCCUCACAGUGACACUUCAGCUGUCAGUCUGCCUCCCAGUGCUGGUGAGCUGAACAGAGCCUGGUGUGAACUUCAGGUUCAGUCUCCAGACUCCAUCAGCUCCCAGUCUGAGUCAGUGGAAAUCAAGAGAGACCACCUCAGGAUAUUAAGGGGUCCAGAGAGUCAACCCUGUGAGACGUACCCCUUGAAUCACGAGGUUGUUGAGGCAAACCUGCAGCUGCAGUCCACUGAACCUCAACAAGACACUUCAGCUGUCAGUCUGCCUCCCAGUGCUGGUGAGCUGAACAGAGCCUGGUCUGAUAAUCAGGUUGAGUCUCCAGACUCCAUCAGCUCCCAGUCUGAGUCAGUGGACAUCAAGAGAGACAUCCUCUUGAAUCACGAGGAAUUCUCUCAUGACGACACUGAAGACUGUUUCACUGGCAUGCAGGUUGUUGAGGCAAACCUGCAGCUGCAGUCCACUGAACCUCACCAAGACACUUCAGCUGUCAGUCUGGUCGCUGAGCUGUAUGAUGAGCCGCUGCCCACCGCAUCUGACGAUGACCCUACAGCUUUCAUCCUGAAUGAGUGUAAUACAGAGGAGAGCCGAGAGGAUGAGGAGCUACAGCCUGAGAGAAAGAGCCUGGAGGACUUCAACUUCCUCAGUGUACUUGGAAAGGGUACAUACGGGAAGGUGAUUUUGUCCGAGCUCAAAGGCACUGAGGAGGUGUAUGCGCUGAAGUUUUUGAAGAAGGACUUGAUCUGGGAAUAUGAAAACAUCAGCUGCACCUUUAUGGAGAGGCGGAUCUUGGCUCUGGCCAGUGAACACCCCUACCUGACCCACCUCUACUGUAGCUUCCAGACCAGCGACUCAUUGUGCUUCGCAAUGGAAUUUGUGAAUGGAGGGGAUCUUGCAUUUCACAUUUCCUGUUCAUGUGGAUUUGAUGAACCCCGCACCAGAUUUUAUGCUGCUGAGAUCGCCUGUGCCCUCAUGUUCCUCCACCGCAACGGGAUUAUACACAGAGAUCUCAAACCCGGAAACAUCCUCCUAGAUGCCGAUGGCCACUGCAAGCUUGCUGACUUUGGCUUGUGCGCAGAGGGUAUACUAGACGGCAAGACUGCCAACACUUUUUGUGGCACACCCAACUACAUAGCACCAGAGGUGUUACAGUAUUGGGAAUACGACACGUCGGUGGAUUGGUGGGCCCUCGGUGUGAUCAUGUACGAGAUGAUGACAGGCUACGCUCCGUUUCAUGAUCACAACGAGGAGAAGAUGUUUGAGUCCAUCAUCCAUGCUGAACCACAAUAUCCAUCAAACCUCAGCAGGAAUGCGGUCAGCAUCCUCAAAGCGUUCCUGAGGAAGAAGCCCAUGGAUCGUCUCGGCUGUGUGGUGUCCGAGGGCAAGGAGAAUGCCAUCAAAGUUCACCCUUUCUUUAAUAAGAUCGACUGGUCAUGGCUGGAACAAAGGAAGAUCACUCCUCCGUUUCAACCACAGAUAACAUCUAAGAGGGACGUCAAUAAUUUUGAUGGCAGAUUCACCCGUGAGGAGCCCAAGCUUUCUCAUGGGAAUCUCUCCUUCUUCAUCCAGUCCAUCCAAGAGGAGUUUGAUGGCUUCUCAUUUAUUAACACUAAAUAUUAA